AAGGACAGAGCGAGCGAGUGAGAGAGAGAAAGAGAGAGAGAGAGAGAGAAAGAAAGAGAGAAAAGAUGCACUUUGGCCUUUCUCACGUGCAGGAAGACAUUCACCCAGACAAGCGUAGAGGAAAGCUCAUACUUAGCAACCUCACUGGAUCAUGUGUGGAUUCUCUUAUUCCUCCAGGUUUCUUUAACACAAAUCCACACAUUCCACAGGCAGCUUUGGGGUUAAGAUGCCCACCAACUUCACUGUGGUGCCAGUGAAUGAUGCAGACGGCAACAGCAACAACACAACUGCAAAUGGAGGUGACAAACCUGUUGGUCUCAACAACAUUUUUGGGGAUGAAGAUAAAGAAGAUAACUCAGAUGGAUCCCAAUCAGGAGAUGACAUUCAAAGGGAAUCACACCCAUUCAUCAGCUCAGACCAUGGCAUAGAACAGUAUGAUGGCAAGAACAUGGCCUUAUUUGAGGAAGAAAUGGACAGCCACCCUAUGGUGUCGUCUCUUCUAAACAAGCUAGCCAACUACACCAACCUGACCCAAGGUGUUCGGGAGCACGAGGAGGCUGAAGAUGGGGUCAGAAGGAUUGCCAUCAUGGUCCCCCAAAUGGGAACGUUUAUCGGGGUGUAUCUACCCUGCCUGCAGAACAUUCUGGGCGUCAUCCUUUUUUUGCGUCUCACCUGGAUUGUCGGAACAGCAGGAAUCCUUGGAUCCUUCGCCAUUGUGUCCAUGUGCUGCAUUUGUACAUUGCUCACAGCCAUAUCGAUGAGUGCCAUAGCAACAAAUGGAGUUGUCCCAGCGGGCGGUUCCUACUACAUGAUCUCCAGAUCACUUGGACCAGAGUUUGGUGGAGCAGUUGGUCUCUGUUUCUACCUGGGGACCACCUUUGCUGGAUCCUUGUAUAUCCUGGGCACCAUUGAGAUCCUGCUGACAUACAUUGUCCCAACAGCAACAGUGUUUGAGGCUAAAAGUAUAGAAGGUGAAGGAACAGCGGCCCUCAACAAUAUGCGCGUCUACGGAACAUGUUGCCUGCUUCUGAUGGCACUUAUUGUGUUUGUUGGGGUAAAGUAUGUGAACAAACUGGCCCUGGUGUUUCUGGCCUGUGUCAUGCUCUCCAUCAUGGCCACCUACGCAGGAGUCAUCAAGUCAGUCAUUGAACCACCAGAGUUUACUGUGUGUCUUCUGGGGAACCGUUCUCUGAAGAAUGAAAACUUUCAAGUGUGCGCAAAGACUGAGACAGUCAACAACCAGACUUUGACCACCGAUCUCUGGAGACUUUUCUGUAACAGUGAACAUCUCAACGCCACCUGUGAUGACUAUUUCAGUCUAAAUAAUGUGACAGAGAUACCGGCUAUCCCGGGGCUCCUGAGUGGAGUUCUAAAAGACAACUUAUGGGGUGACUAUGGUCCAGCUCAUACGGUAAUAGAAAAGAAAAACCAGGAUUCAGUACCAGCUCAAGACACAUCCGGUGAUAUAUAUAAACCCUACGUCUUCAAUGACAUCGCCACCUACUUCACGCUGCUGGUGGGAAUAUAUUUCCCCUCAGUUACAGGUAUCAUGGCUGGCUCUAACAGAUCUGGCGAUCUAAGAGAUGCCCAGAGGUCAAUACCAAUCGGAACUAUAAUGGCAAUUCUCACCACAUCUUUCUUCUACAUCUCCUGUGUGCUAUUGUUUGGAGCGUGUAUAGAGGGAGUGGUGCUGCGGGACAAGUUUGGGGACUCAGUCAUGAAAAACCCAGUAAUUGGUAUCCUGGCCUGGCCAUCGCCUUGGGUUAUUGUGAUCGGAUCGUUCUUUUCCUGUUGUGGGGCCGGGCUUCAAAGCCUGACCGGGGCCCCCCGGCUACUACAGGCCAUCGCUCGUGAUGGGAUCAUCCCAUUCUUACAGAUUUUUGGUCAUGGCAAAGCCAAUGGCGAGCCCACCUGGGCUCUUUUGCUGACAGUUGCUAUCUGUGAAAUAGGAAUACUCAUUGCUUCUUUGGAUGCCGUGGCUCCCAUUCUCUCCAUGUUUUUUCUUAUGUGCUACCUGUUUGUAAAUCUGGCCUGCGCUGUCCAGACUUUGCUCCGAACUCCCAACUGGAGACCUCGCUUCAAAUUCUAUCACUGGACUCUGUCUUUCUUAGGGAUGAGUCUGUGUUUGUCUCUCAUGUUUAUCUCCUCCUGGUACUAUGCCCUGGUUGCCAUGGUGAUAGCUGGCUGUAUCUACAAGUACAUUGAGUACAGAGGGGCAGAGAAGGAGUGGGGAGAUGGUCUCCGCGGUCUGUCUUUAAAUGCAGCACGCUACGCUCUAAUCCGUCUUGAGGAAGCACCACCACACACCAAAAACUGGAGGCCCCAGCUAUUAGUGUUGUGCAAGCUGGACUCACAGCUGGCGGUGAAACAUCCGCGCCUCCUGUCCUUCACUACACAGCUCAAAGCAGGAAAAGGGCUGACCAUCGUCUGUUCUGUAUUGGAGGGAACCUACAUGACACGAGGGGCUGAGGCCAAGAGCGGAGAGCAGAACCUGAAAGCAGCCAUGGCCGCAGAACGGACCAAAGGUUUCUCCCACGUCGUCGUGGCCUCCAACCUGCGAGAUGGUUUCUCUCUGCUCAUCCAGUCAGCCGGACUGGGAGGAAUGAAGCACAAUGCAGUUUUGAUGGCUUGGCCAGCAGGCUGGAAGCAGGCCAGAGACUCCUCCUCAAGGAGGAACUUUAUAGAGACCGUGAAGGAGACAACAGAGGCCCACCAGGCUCUGCUGGUUGCUAAGAACAUCGACCACUUUCCAAGAAACCAGGAGCGGCUAAAGGACGGUACCAUCGAUGUGUGGUGGAUUGUCCAUGAUGGCGGACUGCUUAUGCUGCUGCCAUUUUUAAUCAGUCAACACAAGGUAUGGAGGAAGUGUAAAAUGCGCAUCUUCACGGUGGCACAGAUGGAUGACAAUUCCAUCCAGAUGAAGAAAGAUCUCCAGAUGUUCCUGUACCAUUUACGUCUGGAUGCAGUGGUGGAGGUGGUUGAGAUGCAUGACAGUGAUAUCUCAGCUUUCACCUAUGAGAAGACACUGGUGAUGGAGCAGAGAUCUCAAAUGCUCAAACAAAUGCAGUUAUCCCGCACAGAACGGGAGAGAGAGGCUCAACUGAUCCAUGAUCGGAAUACAGCGUCUCAUUCCACAAAGGACGACAACGCUUCAGUGGACAAACCGGAACGUGUCCACAUGACCUGGACCAAAGACAAACUCAUCAAUGAGAGAAAUAAACACAGGGAAGGAAUGGGUGUAAAAGACCUGUUUAACAUGAGGCCUGAGUGGGAGAAUCUCAACCAGUCCAAUGUGAGAAGGAUGCAUACAGCUGUCAAACUGAAUGACGUGGUGGUCAAGAAAUCCCAGGAUUCACAGCUGGUGUUGCUCAACAUGCCAGGCCCGCCCAAGAACAAAGAAGGGGAUGAGAACUAUAUGGAAUUUCUAGAAGUUCUAAUGGAAGGACUAGAUCGCGUCUUGUUGGUUCGUGGAGGAGGUCGGGAGGUCAUCACCAUCUACUCUUAGUCCUAAGUGGUUCCUAAUGUUGGGAGCACUGGAACGAAAACCGCGGUGGACAGUGUACCCUGUCGUUCCACUUCACAAGCUUGAUGAGUGUCAGAGACUGUGAAAAAGAGGAAGUCUGACAAAGGGAGGUCAAUGCAAGUAUACUGUAGACCAUAAGAAAACAAAUGUGUUACUUUACAUGGCACAUGAAGGAUACAAGCAUGUUGUAUGUUGUCAACAAGGAAUCCUCGACAUCGUGAAAUCUGUUAUUGAAAGUACUGAUUGUGAAAUCCUGGGAUGAGUUUGUUGAAGUCCAAUGAAUAGUUUGUGUCAACUACAACAGGAAAGAUUGCUAUCAAGUUGGAAUGCUCUUUACCAAUCAUGUCCGGUAUCCCGUGCUCAGAAUACAGAGAGAUUGUCACUUUUGAAGUGACAAAAUCCUUUGUUUGAAUUCAAAAGGGACUGGUUGGUGGAAGCAACCAUCUGGCUUUGGUCUGUGGUCAUGGUUUGUCACUAUUGUAAAUUGAGACUAAGAUCGUUUGUAUUUAUUGUAUAUAUGUGUUGAGAAAUAUCUACUAAGGGAAAUAUGUAACUUUUGUUCACAAGAUUUGAACAUUGAAAAUUUGCAAUUAUUAUUUGUCGUUUUGCAAGCGGCACAGUGGACGACAGGUUAGCACAUCUGCCUCGCGGUUCUUUGUUGUUUGAAAAUAGCUUGUUUUAAAUCAUUUAUAGCAAAGUAAGCCCGUUUUAUAAUUGUCAUCAUUAAUGAGGCUUGUCAAUAUUUCUCACAAAUGCGUUUGAGGCAUAUGCGGCAACAAUUGCAUUUCACUUUGUGACACGCCAAAAAAAAUGCCUUCCCCAUCAUACACUGUUGAAAAAAUGAAGGGAAUGCUUAAAUCACAUAUCCCAAUGUUAAUGUCAGCGAAUUAAAUAUUCCAGUUGAAACUAUUUGAUUACAUAAUAGAAUCUAUUGCGAACAAAAUAGCAUAAGAACAAUAAAUGGAGCCCCAAUCAUUUACCCACUGCGGAAUUUGAUGAGACUUCCUCUCAAAAUAAAAAAAAUUAUAGACUGCCUACAAAUAUUAUUUAUUAUUGUUUGAAAUUUAUGGGCUUGAAGUGUUUUUCAUGAUUUUGCAAGCAGCACAACAUUCUCUUCUGCUUCUCUGACCCUCUCGUGUCUGUCACAUUUGCUCAAUUUGUAUGUAUUUAAAAAAAAAUGUAUUUCAUUUCAUUCCAUAUGAGGAAGAGCAAACAUAUUUAAAUAAAAACACUAAAUAUGAAUGAAAAGGAGUAGAAAUAAAUCUCUAUUGCAAUAAAUCG